AUGGAUCAUUUAGAUCAAAGAAGAGGUGAUGCAGAGAUUGAUUUAGAGAGUGGUAGCAAUACUAGUGAGGAGGAUGGAGGAGGCAAACAUCAGAAAUUGGAUUGUGGAAAUUCAAAGGAAGGAUUGCAUAGGGCAUUGAGUGCGUUUCUGAGACAAGGAUCACAUGAUGCAUUAGCAAAGAGUGAACAGGACUUUUGUUCCGAUGAUAAAGUGUCGAAUUCCGAUGACAUCUUUGUCAACAAUUGGGAGAAAAUAGCUGGGAAUUUUGGGGAAGAGGUUGAAAGUUUUGCUGCUAAGAAAACAGUUCAAGAAAAGUCAAAAGCGCCAAAAUCCAAAUGGCCUCCAAAACCUCCUCGGCCUCCUGGGGGCCCCAUGUUGCAUCCUGCUGAUAUGAAGUUGGUCAAAGAAAUAUCUGAGCUUGCUAUUUUAAAGCGUAAAAGGACUGAGCGGCGCAAGGCACUGGAUAAAAUGAGAAAGGAGAAAACAUCAUCGAAGACCAGUAAUGUGAUAGCAAUGAAGUGCCAGCUGCUAUUUGCAGUGUUCUAGUUUUUGAACGCUAUUACAUGUCAAAGGAGGUGCAAAGUAAAAAGAAUUUUCUAAACUCGUUCAUGCUUGUUACCAGUUGAGUUUUAUUUCUUCUGCCAUAUUGUUUUUAACUAUAUUUGUGAGUCCGGGUUUUUUUUUCAUCCUCUCACAUUUUACUUUACUACUGAGGUUGUAAGUUUCGACUUGUGCUCAGCUUCCUCAUCUAGCAUCUGCUUUCAUAACUAAUUAUGUUAUACAUUAAUGUGAUUGAGACCUUUUAGUAACUAAUCCAAACCAUUUGACCUUUCCCUCUCUUUGUUCAGCUGCAAGCUGAUUUAGUCUCAGAUUUCAGGAUUAUGGAAUUAUUUGAACUUAUAGUUCUUUAUCCCUUUGAUUUGAAGAAUGAACUAAGCGAUCAUAGUAAUUAUGUAUCCUGGACUCCUUUUUGAAUGUUUAAUAGGCUUUGUUUUCUGAAGAUGUCAAGAAUAUAGGAAGUGAAUGCUUUGAGAAACUAUCUGCAUCUACAUCAGUAAUUAUGAAUAUCUCUGUUUCUGAUUUCAAACACAUAUUUUUUCAAACACUGAGUUCUUUAGCCACAUCAUAAGGCUUUUUGUAUUUGCCAAUUGAGUUUGUCACUCCUAGCGUAUUGAUUUUUAGCUGAAGUGGAUGUUUCUUGUUGAGGUGACCAAGAUAAGGAUUUAAUCAUUUGAUGUUUGAUUUUGGUGAAUUCGGACAAACAAAGUAUAGAAUGAAAUCAGUUUGCUCUGCCCCUCCCCUUAUACUAUAUUGAUGAACCACUAGAAGUCUAGAAAACUAAAUUGAUGAUGAAGGAUGGUUUUUUUGGUUUAUGCAUAUCUCAUUAUUGUAGAGGGUCAUUUAUGUCUGCCUUUCUGAAAUACGUUUGCAAGUGCAGUGACGUUUCUGGACAACAAAUUCUGACAUUAAUGUCUAAAUGAUGAGUUAGUCCACCAAAAAUGAAAAUUAUGUACAGUCAGGGAACUAGUCUAACUCCGAUAGGAGCAAUAAGGAAUGAGGAAUGGUUGCAAAUGUGUCAAUCCUUUCUAAUGAAACGGUCCAAAUCAUCACGUUUUAUGUGGCAGUUAUUUGAUCAUUUUCCUUGAAAAAGGGCAUGGAGGUUUUAUGCUGUUGCUUGGGACUUCUUUUAUUUUCCAUUCCAUUUUUUAUCUGUAAAUUCAAAACCUUUGUUCCUUUUAUUCAUUCUUAGAGCCGUAUAUUCCAAGAUAAUGGAUCCAUGAAGUAUAGAGAAACAUUUUCUGGUAGAGGUGAAUGUGUGAAUCUUAUAUGAACUUGUCAGGUUGAUAUAUCAAAUUUCUGGAUUUCGAUUUCCAAUUAUAGUGUCUUAAUGUACUUCGUGGUCUCUUUGAAUUUGUAUUUCUACCAUGCUUCUCAUGUUAUGCAAAGCGGCACAAUGCAGUUCCUCAUGCUCAAAAAUCAACUUUCAGGUCUUCUUGGAUCACGAGUGUGACAGUGUGUUAUCACGCCGGCAUUCCAAGUAUACAUCUAUUCACCUCUCUGACUUUUUCUUGUGAAUGCAGUAUAUACAUUGUUUCUUACCUGUUAUUUCUGUUAAUAGAAUACAUUAUUCUUCAGAACAAGUAGUGCCACAUCAUUCUCUAUCACCGCAACUUUAAAGUUAAUUAAGCUGUUCAUGAUGCAGUGAUAUUUUGGGACCUCUAAUUGCAGCAUCCUUAAUACAAGUUUGAAAGCCUACACUGCUAUACUCCAUUUAAAUUUCAUCCACAAUAUGAACAAUAAUAGAUAUUUGUAUAGAUUCAUACAGAGUUUAGACUUGAGUCUUCCUUUAAUAUCCUGCUUUACUGAAUUUUGGCUUCUCAUAUUGCUAGGUAUAGGAAGAACGGCAGUGAAAUGAUUACAACUGCAGCUUUUUGUAUAGUAGAAGAUGACAAAAAUGCUACUUUCC